CAAAAAUUGCAACUUUAGGUCAUUUAAACGCAUAGAUCUUUUAAAACAUUAUAGAUUGAAACAUCUACACACUGGUCAGGGCCAGUCACUACCCUGCUUGUACUCAGAUUGUCCUUGUACAUUUAAAGGGUGGGGUGCACUUCGUACACAUUUGUCUAGAGAUCAUUAUCAAACUGAAAAGGUAGGGCAAAUUGGUUCAUUUUUAUGUCUUGUAUGUAAUUUGUGUAGUUUUCAUACAGAGAGGCAAUAUUUUGAACACCUUUGUGCUCAUCUAAAAAAGCACGAAACAGUUCAUUGUGUGUUCAAAGAUUGUGACUACAGUACUAACAUAUACUCAACUUUUGCUUCACAUAAAAGUAGGAAGCACAGUCCUCACUGCCUUGAAGAUUUUAAAAAUGCUGUAUUUCAGACAUAUUCAAGUCAGGCAACGGAUGAUAGUAGUCAGUUGGUAGAUGAUAGUGAAUUUACUCCUGAUGAAACAGCUGUCGGAGAGGGUGAGGAUAUAGGUAAAGCAAUUGUUGAUCACCUUGGUUCUUUAUUGCUCAAACUAGACUGCAUCUUUAAUGUGCCAGGCAGAUGUAUAGAUGAGAUUGUAGAGGAGCUUCAGUUUAUUACUUGUUCAGCAUCUGCACCUGUUAUCAAAAACAUUGUCUGUAACUCAUUAGAAAACCAUAACUGCACUGUUGAAAAAUCGGUGAUCACAGAUUUGGUAAAAAACAUUUGCCAAUUCAAUCCUCUGAGUGUAGCUUUAAGUGAAGAAGGUCCUCUUGGUACAGCGUACCAGAGAAAUAGAUACUUAAAGGAGUAUUUCUCUGUUGUUGAACCGAUAGAGUAUAUUCUUGAUGCAAAAGAGGGAAGGACAUUCCAGUAUGUACCGAUUUUGAAACUUUUGUCACAAAUUCUGAAGAACAGUGAAAUUCAGGAGAAGGUGCUGCAGAAUACAACACAUUGUAGUUCUUCCUGCCAGUACAGUAGUUUCAAAGACGGAUCUCACUUCAAAGAAAACUCAUUUUUGUCUGGAGAGGAGUUAAGACUUUCACUUCUGCUCUACUGUGAUGAUUUUGAAAUAUGUAAUCCUUUAGGAACCUCUCGCAAGAAGCACAAGGUAACAGGAGUCUACUGGCUGUUAGCUGAUAUUCCAUCUACAUUAAGGUCUACAUUAUCAUCAAUUUACGUAGCUGUUUUGUGCAAGGCAGAUGAUGUUAAGAAAUUUGGGUAUCCUCAAAUACUAGAACCAUUACUGAGUGAUUUGAAGAGCUUUGAAGAGGAUGGCCUUUUUGUGCCUUGUUUGGGGAAAAUCGUAAAGGGCACUGUAUUUUCUGUUAUUGCUGACAAUCUUGGUGCUCAUUCAGUUGGGGGAUUUGUUGAAAAUUUCAGUGGGUCAUAUGUAUGUAGAUUUUGUGUUGGAGAGCGGUCCCAGUUUAAGGAACUUGAAGUCAGGACAGGAGCAUUUCCUAGUAGAACAAAACAGCAACACCAGUUGGACAUUGAAGCAGCACUAGCCAGUAACACCCAUAGCCGUGGGGUUAAAAGGCAUUGUGCAAUCACUCAAAGAUUAAAUCAUUUUCAUGUGACAACAGGUUACCCACCAGAUGUACUUCAUGAUUUACUUGAGGGUAUUGUACCUCUAGAAUUGGCGCUGUGUUUGAAUAUCUUGAUAAAGAAAAAAUAUUUUUCUUUUGUUGAGCUCAAUAGAAUCAUCAAAGAGUUCCCAUAUAAGUGGAAAGACAGGACAAACUGUCCCCAGUGUAUCCCACUAACAUUUACCUCCCGUAAAACCAUUGGUGGGAACGCACAUGAAAACUGGUGCUUGCUAAGGCUGCUUCCACUUAUGAUCGGUCCCAAAAUACAGGAAGAGGAACAGGCAUGGCAGUUGUUGAUGACACUGAAAGAUGUUGUUGAAUUGGUUAUGUCACCUACCCACACAGAUGAAAGCAUUGGCCAUCUAGAUAGCUUGAUUGCUGAGCACAGACAUAGAUUUUGCAGUGUUUUUCCUGAAGAGAAAUUAACUCCAAAACACCAUUUUGUUGAGCAUUACCCGCAGCUUAUUAAAGCAUUUGGCCCACUUGUGUCCUUAUGGACAAUGCGGUUUGAAGCUAAGCACCGCUUCUUCAAGAAGAUAGUGAGACAGACUAGCUGCUUCCGUAACAUUUUGAAGUCUAUGGCAAAGAAACACCAGUCCAUGAUCGCAUACCAUCUUCAUGGUACAAAUGUCAAAAAACCUGCUAUCUCUGUGUCAAAGAUAUCAAGAGUUCCAUUCGAGGUUGUAAAUGAGAACAUACAAGAGUUUCUUUCACAGAAAUUCCCUAAAGAGACAUUUGUUCAAUUAACAAACAAGGUGGAUUUUCAGGGCACCAGUUACAAUAUAGGAAUGAUGUUAGUACAUGGCUCUACCGGUGGGUUGCCAGACUUUGCAGAAAUACUGCAGAUCAUCAUUGUUCCUGGCAGCAUAGCUUUUGUAGUGAAGUUGCAAAAUGCAUGGUACUGUGAGCAUUCUAGAUGUUUCAAUUUGGAUACCACAAGCAUAGUUAAAGUCAUUGAGCAGUCACAACUCACAGAUAAGUACCCACUGGCUACCUAUACGAUGGAGGGCAAGAGAAUGGUUUCUCUGAAACAUCACAUCUGCUUGUCAAACUAGUUCUGCUUGCCCAAGGCUAUAAGGAUGUCUGCCCCUGCUCAACUACGAGUUAUUUUUGAAGAGACUAAAAUUCACAAGUUUACCCUACCAAAUGGGAUUCCUUGUACUGUAGAAGAACUUUUGGCAGCAGUGCAGGAUCAUUUUGACCUCCAAGGAAGCUUCACUGUUAUGUACAUGGACAAAGACUUUGAUAACCAAUUCUUCACUCUAACAUCAACAGAUUUUAUCAAGGACAAAGACACUAUCAAACUGGUUGAAAGAGAACCUUCUGUUAUUCUCACAUUGACCUCCAUCAGUGAGCCUACUGCGUCCUCCACUCCAGUGUCUAUGACUCGUUCUCUUCAGGAUGACAGUUCCUCAGUCAGUUCAUCUGACACCAUCAUUCUACCAAUCCCCCCAGAGCAGCGAUCUGAAACUUGGCCUACUAAUUUUGUUACACCCACCUUUUCAUUUAAUGUUGAAAUUCUCCUUCAGGCAGGAAAUGUGGCGUAUGAAAGGGAUGGCUCCCUCCUUCAGAAUCCAAGCAUGAAUUCUGACAUACUUGAGAAGCUUGCAGACGCAAUAUUCCAGUACACUGCCUAUCCCACUGGUAUUCAAAUAUUGGCCGUUGUAGAAGCUCUGUUAAAAAAGCAUCCAUGCCUCAGAGAGCCUGGAACCUCAUUUUCAGGCAUGUACGGGUGGCAGCAGCGUCUAAAAUACAAGAUGGCCAAUUACCGUUCUAAAAUGAGAAGGCGUGAAGUACCUUGUCCUGAACUUGAUAUCAACUCUUUGAAAAGAAAAUCACCUGGUGAAAAAAAUCCAGCAAAAAACUGCAAGAGACCGAAGAGAGCAGAGGUCAACUACCUUCCUCCGCACCCAAGUGGAGAAAGUACAGACAGUCUGGAGAUGGAGAGACAGGAGCUUCUUAAGGAGGUAAAGAAGACGAACAACGCUAAGGUGAUACAGGAAAAAAUGGCCAAAGCUUUCUCCUACCGAAGGCAUGAGGUUGUGGUUCAAAGUCCAGCGGCGGGUGACUUCAAAGAGAGAUGGCCUGCUCUGUUCUGCGAAGCUGAGAUCAAGGAGGAAUUCCGAAGAAUAACAACAGUUUCUUUAGAGCAGAGCUUCAUGCACAAACUUGACCACUACACACCAAAACUGACAGACCUGAUGAAGGCCAAGGGAGGUGUCAUUGGGAAGAGGCUAAGGCCAUUCUUGGAUAAACUGAGUCAGAACCAAAGCAUUGACAUGAGACGUGAUGCUGUUAUCCGUGGCCUCAUAAUGUACCUUGGCGAGAAAGAGGAGGAACUUUUUGAAGAUUGCCUGGAGGACAGCCGCAGUGAUGCCGCUCAACACAUUGUCAAGGUCCUUGUCGUCCAUGGUACUGACCGAGAGGAGCCAGUAGAUGUUUCCAUUCUUCUGGAUGGAAAGGAGAUACUGUCAGGAUGCAGCAAUACUGCUAAGGCUUGCACAUUGCUCAUGGGAUUUAUUUAUGCCCUCAAUCUCGCCUACCCCCCUACUCUGCGCUAUACUUUUGAGGUGUUUCAAAAACUUUUCCUGGAACUGGACGGGAUGAAACUGUCACCAAAAGUACAUGCUUUAAAGUUGAAGCUGCUGUCUUAAAUGCUAUACGCAAGAUCUACUGCGCAGUCCUUGCUGCUGUCCCACUCAAACUCACUUAAUCUUGCAAAUGACUGGAACAAUAACUUGCACAGACACUGUCGGCUCCAUUGGACCUUCGACUCACACCCAGCAAGUUGUCUUUCAAUGGAUCUUUUACUGUUCAGCCACAUAGAUACGCAGAGGACAUUUUAACUCUCUAAAAGUCUGUUAUUUAAAGUUACAAAAUGUGGCCAGAACAUGUUGACUUCAAAAGUUGAAAAUGUAGUGUUAAAUACUUCAAUGCAAAACAAUCACAGAGGAAUAAUGAAUAAGAAUAUUAUGUGGGAAAGUAACUGUAAUCUCUGUCUAUAGAAACAAUAUUUUCCACUUGUCAAAAGUGGUAGUGUUAUGCCUCAGUAAUGAUGUUCUGCUUACACCCAUGUGGCACUUUAGCAGGUUGAUAUUGAGUUCAAUUUGACCUUCUGUAGCAAACUACUUGUUAGGAGUUUUCUUAGCAUGUCAAUGUUCUUUAUUCUUUGUAAAUUUAGGCACCUGCUGUCAUUCAUGUUAAUGAGGCAAAGAAAAAGUUAAAAUUAUAUUUUUUGUCUUGUAAAGGUUAAUACCUUUAAAUGUUGAACAAACAUUUUUAUGGAUCUAGGUUUUGAGGAUUUGUUUGUUGUAUUUUCCUUGUUUCGAUGUUCUUUAGGGUUUAAUCGAACAUUAAUGUUUACAUGCAAGUGUUAAAAAUGUUUGUGGUCAUUUCCACUUUUUUGACAGGUUAAAGCCUUAUGAUAAUUUGAUGCACUAGGUAUCAAAAAACAUUUUGAGUUGCCAGUGGUGCACAUUUUUUCCAGUCGAACAAGAUGACCACUCUGUGGAGGUAUACAUUUGUUUUUUUAUCGAUGCCUAUUGUCAGCAUUUACAGAUGCUGAGAUUUCAUUCCAAUGUUGUCAUGUUAAACUGUUCCUUUUGCAAGUGAAUGGAGGGCUUAUUCUACAUUGCCAUUGUUCCAAAGUAAUGUGUUUACCCAAGGCACCUUUAAGGAAUUGUUUCCUGGCAAAUGUUUAAAAAUAAAUUAUUGAAUUAUA